GUAUAAAAAAAUCCAUGUCUUUUUUCAUUAAAUUUCUUGAUUUCGACACUCGACAGUCGACACUACCAUUGUUAAUUCAACCGAAGCUUGGUCAUAAAUUAAAUAUUUAUAUAAAACAUGAUUAGGUGUUGCUCUAAAUUCUUCAUCCCAUUGCCAUCAAAAAGCGGCCCCCUUUGCCUGAGUAGAAUAUAUGUUGCAUCAAAUAGCAGGAAUUUUAAUCAAAAACGCUACGCCAGCGGAGAAAGCCAACCACCAAGAAGGUUACGGAAGCUUUUCUACUCUACUAUAGGAUUAACCCUCAUUGGUGUUGGAGGAGCUGUGGUUUAUGCUAAAAAUGAUCCUAAAUUUAGGAAAGUUCUAGAUUCAUAUGUUCCUGGAUCAGAUAAGGUAAUUCGCAUUUUAUAUCAGGAAGAAGGAAGUCUUAACCUUGGAGGUUUAUCCGACCAACUCAGUACAAUCCAAGAUAAGGUGCUUUCUAUCCCAAACGAUAUUUACAAGCAGAUCUCUGGUACAUCUAGUGAGAAAUCUACUUCAUUGCUUACAAAAGAAAAGGAUCCAAAAUCUGAAGACUCAGUGAAACUCAAACCUAAACAAGCAUCUCCAGUUUUACCACCUGUAAAGGAGAUAACAAUUGAAGAAAAGGUCAUUCAAAAGAGUUCACCCGCUUUCGAUUCAACCAAAAAGCCAGUGGCAGUGGUGAAUGUCUCAGUCACAGACAUCAAGACUCUUGGCAAUGAAGCUGUGAAAUUAUACAAUGAACUGUUUAAAGAAAUGGAUGAGAAAGCCAAAGAAAUAAUAGCAUAUGUCAGCAACUUAGAAAACAGCAAGGAUCCAAAAAAGACGUGGAAAGCUAUACAAGAGAAAUUAGAAGAAAAUGUCAAGUUAAAGGAAGAAAUUGACAAAAGGUUUCAAGAAGCAGGGGAAAAAACAAAAAAGUUUUCGAGCUUAUUAAAACAAAGUAAUGACCAAGCAGACUUGAAAUCAUUAGAAAGUGAAUUGAACAAAGCCAAAGAAAAGGCAGAAGCAAAGAAACGUAACAAGCUAGCUAGUUCCAUGGAAUAUGUGUCAGCGAUGGAAGAGACUUUACAAAAAUCAUCUGAUGAGUUGAUGACGUUAUUCCCUAACUUGAGACCUGGGAGACAUGACAAGCUGACUGAUGACGAGAUAGACCUCUUCAUUUACUAUUCCUUCCACAAGCUGCUCUACUACCAGAAGGAGAUAAAGAAGCAUGAGGCCACAGUAGAACGGAGACUAAAAGAAGCCAUCAGUUCAAAAGACGAUUCUCAGUUGUUAGAAGUGGCCAUAGAGUCUAAAGUGGCAGAGGGUAAGCGCAAUCUGCAAGAAGACUUUGACAAAAAAAUGAUAGAGCUAAAGAAGGACUGUGAUGAUGAAGUACACAAGUCUCUUAAACGUCAGGAGCAAGUACAUCUAGACCUUCUCAAGGAGCAACUUGCACUUAAGGAAAAGGAGGUAGAAAGGAAGCUGAUUCAGAGAAUGGAAGACAAAGUACUGGAGGAGCAAGCAAGAUUACAAGCUGAACUGGCUGAGAUGACUGGGCGCAUGCAGGGGCUCAAUGAGGCCAUUGCAAAGAGGGCACUGCAGGAUCAAAAGGCCCAGACGUCUCAAGCAUUGUGGAGUGCUGCAGAGGCUUUGUAUGACAGUCUCAAACAUGGAGCAGGAUAACAGUGUUUUUUUGUUGUU